GGUGAGACAGACCGGGAAGGAGUCUCGGUUUUGUCGGAAAUGCCGUGUUGUCCAGCCAGGUGAAGUAUUCCUGACCGGAAUGCAGGAAGCAGAUAUAAAAGAAGGCAGUGAGUCACUUCAUUUGUGCAUCACAUUCAGCCAUUUCUUCAAAGUUAUAAUCGAACUUAAUUCCGUACCUACUACCUCCUCAUACCGCUCUAAGGCAGUUUACGUUAAAAUCCCACUAGAAAAAUGAACCGCUUCUUUGCUAUUGUCCUGGUGAUUUCUAUGGUCGGAACGUUGACUUUGGUCGACGCACAGUUCAACUUUUCGCCGAACUGGGGUAAACGGUCUGGCGUUGCCCUUUCUGGUGGUAAGGGGAACUGCGAAUCUGUGCAAGCUCCAAGAGUGAUGGCGGUAUACCAUGCGUGCAAGGGUGAGCUUGAUGCAAUGCACGACUGUCUGGUAAAGAGCACACCUUCCUGAAACCCUCGCAAAAAAGGGAACGUUGCCAACUUGCCAGGGUUUUCUUUUCAAGAUUCGCGAUGCAAUUGUUGUAAUCCUUUCGGCGGUGGUCCAGCAGCUGGUGUAGUGCAGGCUAACAUCAUGCCGCCCAAAAGGAUGCGAUUUACCCUCCAAACUUCGAAACACGUUGCUUAGUUUAUAUUAUUGAUCACUUGUGCUGCUGUUAACGUUGUGAGCCGUCAAAAACGGAUUUCAAUGAGCGAAUUUCUUAAUAAUUUUAGAAAGCGUCCAGUCACCCUUGUCGUGUUCCUUGUAUACUGUCUGUACUUCAUUGGCCUAGUGUUCUCCUCUCAUUACAUUGUGUUGCUUAUUGUGUUUCUUUAUACGGGUAUAAUGUUAUGGUGUAAACGUCGUGGAGAUACAGUGAUAAGGAUAUCAUCGACUUAUCGAACAUCCUGAGACCUGAUUGUGAGCUCAGUCCACAACACAACUGUCUGCGUGAGAGGACACUUGGCCCGGCUGAAGCCGUGUCAGUCCAGAUUAUCCAUCAUGACAUCAACGCUGGAGUCUUUCUUCAAUAAAAGAGUGCUCAUUAUUACCAACGAUGGACGUACACUGCUGGGUACGUUCCAGGGCUACGAUCAGACCAUUAACGUUGUGCUGACGGAUGCCAGUGAGAGGGUCUUCAGUUCCUACAAGGCCGUGGAAACGGUAGCCCUGGGAGUUUACAUGAUCCGGGGCGAUAACAUUGCUGUAGUUGGAGACAUCGACGAAGAACUCGACUCCCAGUUGGAUUUUGACGGUAUUCGCGCGGAUCCGUUACACCAAAUUGUCCAUUGAAGCCUGCGAUUUCGUCCCACGAGUACAGCGCCGUGACUGCCUUAUUCCGCUUUUGAUCUGGUCCCAACUCACUAAUCUGCGCCGGAAAUCGCUCCGCCUGGAUGUUUUGUUGCAUUGUUAUUACCAAAGAUGUUUCUUAUAACUUGGAUUCUUCUUUCAGUGCGGCCCUUUCAGCAGGUAGCUUGUGGUGCUGCGAACACGAUGGCGAAUUGCUUUUGGUUUCUAACUGCCGUUUAAGAGAAUUGUUGUUUCUUUUUGUACAAAAAAUGCUUUUGUUAUCCGCACAGUGACCUGUUUGUCCAAGUAAAAACAGUAAUCUGAA